AAACAAUGGAAGCAAUGGCCAGCGUUGACUUUGGAAACUUCUUCAUCUCAACCCUCCUAUGCCUGUUAUCAACCUUAUUCCUGUUUCUCUUCUUCUCCAAGAAACCAAAAAAGAAUGGUGUUAACCUACCUCCAAGCCCUCCUUCUCUUCCGAUCAUCGGUCAUGUUCACCAUCUCUUCUCUGGCUCAGUCCACAAGUCUUUUCAGAAAAUCUCAUCAAAGUACGGACCAUUCCUCCAUCUCCGCAUCUUCAACGUCCCCAUCGUCCUCGUCUCCUCUGCCUCAGUGGCCUACGAGAUCUUCAAGGACCACGACAUGAGCGUCUCCUCUCACGACGCUAUUGGGAUGGAGGAGUGCCUCGUGUUUGGAUCUUUUGGCUUCACCAAUGCUCCCUAUGGAGAUUACUGGAAAAGCUCAUCACUAACUAACAUGCUCGGACCCCAGGCGCUCGAGCGGUCACGAGGCGUUCGUGCAGCUGAGAUGGAGCGGUUCUACAGAGAUCUUCUUGAUAAGGCGAUGAAGAAACAGAGCGUUGAGAUCGGCGAGGAAGCGAUGAGACUCGUUAACAGUAUUUUCGGAAAGAUGAGCAUGGGAAGUAGUUUUUCAGAGGACAACAACGAGGAGAAAGUCUCGGAGUUUAGUGUCAAGUUCGCUGCCUUGACACAAAAGAUUUUUUUGGCACAAAUACUGCGUAAGCCGCUUGAGAAGUUUGGUAUCUCACCAUUCAAGAAGGAGGUAAUGGAUGUUUCAUACGAAUUUGAGGAGAUGCUUGAAAGGAUUAUUGUGAAAUACGAAGAGAAAGUGAACGAGCAUCACCGUAGUGAAAUUAUGGACACAUUGUUGGCAGCUUAUCGAGACCAAAAUGCAGAGUGCAAGAUCACUAGGAAACAUAUCAAGGCGAUAAUAGCGGAGCUUCUCUUUGGAGCCGGUGACACUUCUUCAAAGUCAACACAAUGGGCAAUGGCUGAAAUCAUCAACAACCCUAAGAUCCUUGAGAGACUGAGGGAAGAAAUAGAUUCAGUUGUAGGGAGAACAAGGUUGGUCCAAGAAACAGAUCUACCAAAGCUUCCUUACUUGCAAGCGGUCAUCAAGGAAUCUCUAAGGUUGCACCCACCAGGAGCUCUUUUGCCGAGGGAGUUUGACCAAGGGUGUAAGAUCGGAGGGUUCUACAUACCAAAGGGGACAUCACUUGUUAUCAAUGCUUACGCUGUGAUGAGAGAUGCUGAUUCUUGGACAGACCCUGACGAGUUUAAGCCGGAGAGGUUUCUAAUGCAAGAAGAGGAGAGAAGAGAGAAAGUACUCAACUUCCUUCCUUUUGGUGCUGGAAGGAGAGGGUGUCCUGGAUCAAAUCUAGGUUAUAUCUUAAUAGGAACUGCGAUUGGAGUGAUGGUGCAGUGUUUUGACUGGGAAAUCGAAGGAGAUUAUGUCAACAUGGAAGAAGCUUCUGGAAGACCUUUCUUGGCCAUGGCUCAUCCCCUUAACUGUGUUCCUCUUCCUCGAAUCUUAAAUCCUUUACCCUCCAGUUUGUAGAUCCUUUGUUUCGUAAAACUCAAGUUUUCACUCUAUAUUCCAUAGAUGUGGUGAGAAUCUCUGCACCAGUUUUUGUAAU